AUGUGCUAUACGCGCCAAGCCCGCGGCCAGGACGGUGCCGACCUCUCGUUCGACGCUCUUCUAGAGGCCCAAGACUAUGCGCUCCUCGUACAGCGACUCUCGGACGACCCCAACAACGUCGGUCUCGCGAUCGCUGGCUUUAUGGCGAUCCAACGCGCCGUGACCGAGGCCAAAGAUGAAGAAGCGACGGCCAAGCGCCUCGGGUCGGCCGGCGCAUGUGCGCUGGUACUACAGAUGCUGCGCGCGCUUCAGCCGCUCGAAGAGGUCCAGUUCUUUGGCUGCCAGGCGCUGCGGUCGCUGGCCGCGUCGCCACGCAACAUUUUCCGCCUCGAGGCAUUGCUCGUGGCCGACCAUCUGCAUGCACUCCUUGUGGCCUACCCCGCCAGUGCGCGGAUCGUCAGUGAGGUGCUCUGGACGCUGGAUGUGCUUUUGACAGCAAGCGAGCCGCUCACGCUUCGUUGGUUCACGACCUUGGAUGGGAUUCCUCUGCAGCUUUCCGUGCUCACUCGGUACAUGGACGAGCCGCUCGCGCAGAGCCACGGGUACCGUGUCUUUGGUGCGAUCGCACGCCGCUUCAAGCACCGGCUUAGCACGGAGCACAUUGCCGACAUGGGCAACCAUGCUGUAAGUGCAGUCGUGACCCACCUCUCGUCACAAGAGGUGGUCAUGGCGUGCGUCGCUUUUAUCGAGCUCGUGUGCGACAAAGAUGCUCGACUCUUCUUUCAAGACGCCGCGUGGUUCCGCACGGUCUUUGCAACCCACUGGAAGCAGCCACGCGUGUUGGCCGAGGUGACGCACCUUUACCGCACGCUGUGCCACGCGUCGUCGUCUCUGGCCUGCGAGCUGACUGUGGCGGGCGGCUGGUCCUGUGUCCAAGACGCCCUACGCGGGUACCACGAAUCAGACGCACCCAUGACGUUUGACCUUCUUCGACUCGUGCACCAUCUCGUAGCCCGUUUUUUUCUCGACCGCGAGGUUUCCGAGGUUUGCGACGAAGGACUUGGUAUGCUACAGCUCGUUCUGGCCUGCCACAUAGCGUACGAAGACCACGAAGGAUUGCAGAUUGAAGUCUGCUGCAUCUUGCGCCACUACGCGGCGUGUUCUGGGCGCGGCACGUGGGCAACUCCGGCGCUCGCCACGUCGCUCCGCCACGUCAUGCGACUGCACCCGACAUCGGCGACGUUGCAGCGCGACGCACGCGACGCACUCGAGCGGCUCGGCCUGUAAUCCUCUUUUGAGCCUGCGUUUGAGGUUUCCACACCAUUCCUCUACAUAUUGCAAUACAAAGGGCAAACUCAAAGUGCA